GUUUCCUCCCUACGCAGCCACCACCACUAUCACGGCCGCUUCGCCGCCGCCACCACCAUAACCACCACCACUGCUUCGCCACCUAGCCUUCAUCCGCCUGUAUCGGAGCGCCUCCUUCAAGAACGGGUCUCAAUUAUAUUCAAUUGAGACUGAUUUCAUGAAAGUACAACUCCAAUGAGUGAUCCUCCAGCUAAAUCGCGUGCCCAGCCGGACGAAGAUUCGCCGGUAAGCCUCCCUGAUGAACUUAUUACUGAAGUUCUUUCCUUUGCCGAUGCAAAGACUCUUAUGCAAAUGCGAUGCGUAUCCAAGUUUUGGAAUUUUAUUGUUUCUGAUCCUAAAUUUGUGAAACUUCACUUUAAGCGUUCUGCGCGAAACCCUCACCUGACUCUAUUUUUGAGUAAAUCCCACCUUGAUGGGGAUAACAAUGUUGUACCCUUCUCUGUAAGUCGGUUGGUCGAGAACCCAUUGAUCACCCUUCCAAAUAACCCUUAUUAUCGAUUAAGGGACAAGGAGUGCCGCUUUGUUAUUGGUUCUUGCAAUGGAUGGCUUUGUUUACUUGGUUAUUCUUGUCUCUCUGACUACAGACAGAUCUGGUUCCGUUUCUGGAACCCCGCCACAGGUAAAAUGUCCCAAAAAUUAGGGUACAUGUGGGAUCAUAUGUUGGGCCUGUAUACUCAUUUUAAGUUUGCGUUUGGUUAUGAUAAUUUAUCGGAGACUUAUAAGAUUGUGUUGUCAAUUUUGGAUGAAGCUGCAAAUAGAACUAAUGUGCGAGUUUUAAGUGUGGGUGAUAAUAAUUGGAGGGCUAUUCAAAGUUUUCCUGCUGGUUGA